GUGACCUCCUUCUGCGACGUCUUCUCCAGUGACGGUCUCCUUCGGCAAAGUCUCCUCCUGCGAUGUCUCUUCCAGCGACUUCUCCUCCAGCGGCGAUCUCCUCCUACUACGUUCUCCUGCGGCGGAAAUCUCGUCCAUCGAGCUAUUGAGCUGCGAGUUUCUCCUCCGGCAGACUCACGAGUUUCAAAGUGGUUUAUCAACGCAAGGGUUCAUCCAGAGGAAGAAGAAUGCUUGGGGCGAGUGAUGGACACAUUUGGAUCGGUGGAGCUUGAUUUCUCUUCAUACACGCAGCAGCAGCAGCAGCAACAGCAGGGUUUCAAUGGGGUUUCUUUAACUCUAGGGUUACAACAGCACGGUGGAAGCGGGGUGAGCCUGGCGUUCCCUCCUCCUCCGGUGAGCAGUCAUCAUAGCUCGCUCUUCUACGCAACAACCAGGGAUCAGAUAAUGGACAGCUGUCCACCCUCAUCGUCAUCUAUAGUUCAUCACUACUCUCUUGUUGAUGGCGAACCACAAAAUCUUCCUUACAGGAAUCUCAUGGGUGCACAGUUCAGGCAGCAGCAGCAACAGCAGGGUUUCAAUGGGGUUUCUUUGACUCUAGGGUUACAACAACACGGUGGAAGCGGGUGA